AUGUCAACUAAUAAUAAUAACAACAAUAAUAACAAUGAAGAUAUUGAUAAUAAUGAACCUCAACAACAGGAUAGUGAGGAACAACAACAUCAAUCACAGGUAUCAACAUUCAAUGAACAGCAACGUCAAAUAAGAGAACAGCAACAAGUAAUAGAUAAACAAAAUCAACUACUUUAA